GCGGCCAUGGAGCGGCGGGCGCUCAUCACGGCGCUCAGCCUCGGCCUGAGCCUCUGCUCCCUGGGGCUGCUGGUCACGGCCAUCUUCACUGACCACUGGUACGAGACCGACCCCCGGCGCCACAAGGAGAGCUGCGAGCGCAGCCGGGCUGGAGCCGCCGAGCCCCCGGAUCAGAAGAACCGCCUGAUGCCCCUGUCGCACCUGCCGCUGCGCGAUUCCCCUCCCCUGGGGCGCCGGCUGCUGCUCCCCGGCGGCCCCGGGGGACGCACGGACCCCGAGUCCUGGCGCUCGCUCCUGGGGCUCGGAGGUGGACUGGACGCCGAGUGUGGACGGCCGCUCUUCGCCACCUACUCGGGCCUCUGGAGGAAGUGUUACUUCCUGGGCAUCGACCGGGACAUAGACACCCUCAUCCUGAAAGGUAUUGCACAACGAUGCACGGCUAUCAAGUACCACUUUUCUCAGCCAAUCCGUUUAAGGAACAUCCCUUUCAAUUUAACCAAGACGAUACAGCAAGAUGAAUGGCACCUGCUUCAUUUAAGAAGAAUCACGGCCGGCUUCCUGGGCAUGGCGGUGGCUGUCCUGCUUUGCGGCUGCAUCGUGGCCACUGUCAGCUUCUUCUGGGAGGAGAGCCUCACCCAGCACGUGGCCGGGCUCCUGUUCCUCAUGACAGGGAUAUUUUGCACCAUUUCACUCUGCACGUAUGCUGCCAGCAUCUCGUACGAUCUGAACCGGCUCCCGAAGCUGAUUUAUAGCUUGCCUCAUGAUGUGGAACAUGGCUACAGCUGGUCCAUCUUUUGUGCCUGGUGCAGUUUAGGGUUUAUUGUGGCAGCUGGAGGUCUCUGCAUCGCUUAUCCGUUUAUUAGCCGGACCAAGAUUACACAGCUAAAGUCUGGCAGAGACUCUUCGGUAUGACUGCCCCCUGCUAGGGCAUGGGUGACUCCUGAAGGGAGAGAAAAACGAGUUCACAUCAGGAUUCCAAGCACAAAGAGGUCUUUUACAUUCCAACUUGUUGCCUGCAGCCCUUUCUGGAUGACUGAUUAAAAAAAAAAAAAAUACAAAAAAUCAUGCAAAACCUCCCAACCUUUCUAAGGACAAGAUGACUGUGGGUCCAAGUGCUUUAAUGAUUAUUUAUGCUUCGGACGUGGAGCGGUGCCCUGGAGUCAGAAGAGAGGAACUGCAAUGGAAAGAUUUGUACGACUUUCCACUUCUUUCAGAAAGUUUGUACAUAACGAUUACCGGAGAGUCAUUUCUAUUUGCAGAAGGAUUCGUAACGAAGCAAUGAUAAUUUUCGUGUCACCGUGCCAUGCUUGUGCAGUUUUAAUGCAGCAUUUUCAGAACUUGUCCCGACGGUGUCUUGUGUCAGCACCCACCGUCUGUGCACUCCUCGUGGACGUUCCUCAUCACAUGAGGUUCUUCUCUUGCCUUAUGAUUAUGUUUAUGAAUUGAGAUCUGUUCUGUCCCUGUACUGGACUUGAAAGCAUAGGGAAAACAGAUCAACCGUGUAUGAGCUAAUAUGUGACACUCUGCAGUAUUGUUUGAAGUCCUCUCUGUCACAGCUGGUGUCUCUUUAUGUGAACUGGAUUUCUGCAUUAAAUGACUGCCCCCUUGGUUA